GAGUCCCGGGUGAGCGGAGUCGGUUGCGAGGCAGCGUUGGGUCAGUUGCACCUUCGGGGUCGCAGGUAGCCGCGGGAGCCGGGUGGGGCCUCGGCGAUGAUCCGGCGUUAAGAACUUGGAGUCACCUUGGAUCUAAGGUGUUUUGGAGGAAGUGUAGAGGCCACCAAAAAGAUCAUCUACUCGACUAGACCUCUUGCUCUGAACCUCAUGAAGAAAUGAUAGGAGGCAGGCACUCUGAGCUCAAAGGACGGCAGCGCGGAGUUCUGGGAGUGCACUUUGAGUUCCACCAGAUGCAGGAGUCUGAGCAACUGUCAUUGCUCAGAGUGAUUGAAAUUAAUAACAGAAGUCUUAGAGAGCACCUGUGAAGCUCAUGCUGCCAAGUGUCUCACUGGAAGUAUGUAACCCUAGCUGGGGACUUGUAUACAUCAAUGGCAGAAUCAUCCAGUGAUUCAGAACACUUCCGCUAUCGUGACGGAUUGAGUCGAUGGGCAACCAGGUCAGUUCAAAGGGGAAUUGGAAGUCGUUCUACAGCAGAUGUCACCGCAAAGAUCAACACCAUAACCAAUACUUUACAGGACACCACUCAGAAUCUGCGACAUGUGGAUCAGAUGCUCGGGCGAUAUCGAGAACACAGCACUGGACAGGCGGGCGCUGUUGGGCAGUUAAAGGAGGAUUUGGAGCAGUCAAUAAGCCAACUGAGGAGUCAGCGCUUACGGAGAAGCUCAGGAGGGAGAAGUGUUUCUGUCACCAGCCUGAGUGCAAGUGACCUUGAUGGUGGCGCUGUGGCAGAGAGUCUCCGUUUUACACCUACCUCACCUCUGAAGGACUACGAUCUACAGGGUAUUAAACGAAACAGGUUCAGAACUGGCGUUCGGUUUGUUUCGGAGACAGAUGACAUGGUCCAGCUCCAUACUUUUCAUCAGUCCCUCCGCGACCUCAGUAGUGAACAAGUUCGGCUUGGAGAUGAUUUCAACAGAGAGCUUUUAAGAAGAAGCCGGUCUGAUGCUGAAACCAAAAGGGUGUUAGAAGAACUGACUGAAAAGCUUAAUCAAACCCAGAAACCAGAUGUGGUUUCUGAUCGAGUGGAGCGGCGGCUUCAGGAAAUAGAAAGAGAGAUGCGCUUAGAAAGAGAGCUGGUGGAAAGACGUCAUGAUCGGCUGGGGCUUGUGUCCUUGAAGCUCCAGGAGGCACUGAAUAAAGAAGAAGCUAAAGCAGAUGAGAAUGAGGACAUAAUAAAAAAAAAGCUGCGACAAACUGAAGCCGAGAAGAGCCAACUGGAGCAGGAAUUGGAGAUCUCGCGCAGACUGCUGACUCAAUCUGAAGGCAAUAGAGAAACGCUUUUGCAUCAGGUAGAAGAGCUGCAUACACAACUUAUCAAAGCAGAAGGUGACCAAAGGGGUUUGCAGCAUCAAAUAUCUUGCAUUUCCAAGCAACCAUUAAGCCACCAGGAUGAUCAAGGGGAUGACCGGAGGUUUAGAAGAGGAGUAGAGCGGGAGAAACUGAAUCUGGAGAAGCAGAUGGCAGAUCUGCGAGUGCAGCUGAACUUCAACUCCAUGGCUUCUGAGUUAGAAGAAGUGAAGCGGUGCAUGGAACGGAAAGACCAGGAGAAAGCAUCUUUGGCAGCGCAAAUUGAGAAUCUAACACGUGACUUGGAGAACAGGGAAAAACAACAGUUGCAGAUGUUGGAUCAACUUACGGAGAUCCAGAAUCACUUUGAGACUUGUGAGGCCAAUCGUAAACGGACCGACCUCCAGAUCUCAGAGCUGAGUCAACACGCAGAGGAUGCGACCAAGCAGGCGGAACACUACCUUAGUGAGUUCCAGAGGUCAGAAGCCCUGCGAGAGGAGGCUGAGAGGAGGAGAGAGGGCCUGAAAACAAAGGCCCAGGAGUCCAUCCGGCAGUGGAAGCUGAAACAUAAGAAGUUGGAACGGUCAAUUGAGAAACAAGCUGAAACCCUUGUCCAGCUGACGGAUAAGAAGGACCAGGUUAUAAAAGAGAGGGAUGAACUGAAAAGCCAGCUUUGUGCAGCAUUGCAGCAGAUAGAGACUCUCAGGAAGGAACUCAAUGAUGUCUUAAGCAAGCUUGCCCUGCAGGGGGAGGAGCUUCGCUGUAAGGAGAAGAAACUCAAUGACAUUGAGUCCCACAAAGCUGAACUUGAACUCGAGGUCAAGAAUUCCCUCGACACCAUCCAUAGGCUGGAAAAUGAGUUGAAAAGACAGAGUAAGAGUCAAAGCCAGAUAAAAGACGAGAAGAUUCACCUGGAGGAAGAAAUUACAGAGCUAAAGAAGAGUCAGUCCCAGGACAAAGUCAAACUCCUUGAGAUGCAAGAGUCCAUCAAGGACUUGAGUGCCAUCCGAGCAGAUCUCGCUAAUAAGUUGGCUGAGGAAGAGAAAGCCAAGAAAGCUGUGCUCAGGGACCUUUCUGAACUGACAGCCCAAGUCAAAUCUAAAGAAGAAGAGACGGCCACCGCUAUCACACAGCUAAAGUUAGAACGAGACGUUCACCAGAGGGAGCUGGAAGACCUUACCUCAUCGUUGGAGAAUGUGAAGUUAAAGCAUGAGCAGAAUAUCCAGGAGCUGAUGAAGCACUUUAAGAAGGAGAAGAGUGAAGCAGAGAGCCAUAUCAGGACGCUGAAGGCAGAAAGCUUGGAAGGUAAGAAUAUGGCUAAAGUCCAUCUUGGUCAGCUAGAGAAGUUGAAAUCCCAGUGUGAGAAACUGACGGAGGAAUUAACCCAGACCGAAAAUGAGAACAAAAAACUGAAGCUAAAAUACCAGAGUCUGAAGGAGGAACUCGAAGAGAAGGAGAAGUGUAUAAGUAACGAAGAAGAGCACUUACGGAGGAUGGAGGAGUCCAGGCUGCAGCUCAAGGAUCAGCUGCUUUGUUUGGAGACGGAACAGGAAUCCAUUCUUGGUGUAAUAGGAAAAGAAAUUGAUGAAGCUUGUAAAACUUUCUCCAGAGACUCAAUGGAGAAAUUGAAAGUAUUUAGCUCUGGUCCUCAACUACAUUAUGACCCACAUCGAUGGUUAGCUGAAAGCAAGACUAAACUGCAGUGGCUGUGUGAGGAACUGAAAGAGAGAGAGAACAGGGAGAAGAACAUGCGGCAGCAGCUGGCGGCCUGUAGACAGGAGCUCAGGGAGCUGACGGAGCACAAGGAGUCUGAGCUCCUGUGUCUGUUUGAACACAUUGAGAGGCAGGAACAGCUUCUGGAGGAGUUCCACCAGGAGAAGAGAGGUCUGCUAGAGGAGACUCAAAGGAAAGAUGAAGAAGUGGAAACUCUCCAGCCGAAUCUGCUAUAUAAACUUCCACCUUGGGAAGAAGCUAGUCAGUCUGAAGUGAAUACUCAGAAUGCAGCUCAAUUUGAAGAUAAAGCAGACCGUGUAAAUGCAUUACAAAUGAGUACCCGAGUGGCCUUGGACCAUCUGGAAUCUGUGCCGGAGAAACUGAGCCUGCUAGAGGAUUUCAAAGACUUCAGAGGUUCCUCCAGUUUGUCUGAGAAAACUGAUAGCAGAUACUCUAAAUACAGUCUUCAAGGAGAUUCUAUUCAACAACGCCGAGAUGACAGCAAGCCCAGAAUCAAGAGCUUUAGGGACGACAGGCCUUUCUCUGCUGGUUCCCACGCUCACGGCCUAGAUCACUCUUCCUCUUGGCAGGACCACAGUCGCUUCCUGUCUAGUCCACAGUUUUCACACCUUAACUCCUUGCCAGUAUUUACCAAAAGAACCAUUGCCACAGACCCAGCUUCAAUCGAGGGAGAUACCACAAGUUUACCAGCGAAUGGAACAAGUCUACAGUCCAAGAGGGAGGAAUAUGAGAGCAAAAAAUACAAAAUGUGAUUCGCAACUUCACUUGAUUAUUUCACAAGUAACAGCCAAUGAUCCUUAUUGCCAUUCGGCUCAGAUUAUCUAAAGACAUCAUGUGGCUUCAGCUCCGUGGAACUGCCAAGCAUUGACUAGCAUGAUGUUAUAGCCAGUCUUUGUGAGUGAGAGUAAAUUUAACUUGUGGAGGUACUAUCAACUUAUGAACAGUAUAUAACUCAUUUAAAGGCAACUCAUACCAGCAGAAAAAGUGAUCAUUUUUACCUUAUAUUUUCCUAUUUCUGUGUCACAAUUUUCCAACCCAACCUUGAAUUUAUAAUUGAUGCCUUUCCAAGACAACUGGCUACAAGGAGAAGGGACUCCCUCCAGGCUAAUGUUUCCAGCAGUUUAGAUCAGGCACGCUUGUACAUGGUGGAUUCAUAAUGCUUUCUCCCUAAUCAACUAUUGUGUGUGGUAACCUGCUGAGAAAAUGCCUAUGGAAUAUUAGACUGCCUUUUAAAUGCUCAUCACCAUUCACCUGUCAUCUCAGCAGUCUAUUAAUACAUGAAGUAUCUUCAAACUAUUCCAAUUAUCAUUUUAAUUGCAAAAGAAUUUCUAAAUGAUAGCUGAAUCAUAGCGUACCAUGAAGAGUUCUUAACAUCAUUUAUAUAUAUUUGUCAUGUUAUAGCCAGUUGUCCCACUGUGAUCAUCCUGGUCAUAUUCUGGAUGGUCUUGCUCUGACUUCCAGCACCCCUCUUCUGGCUCAGUGGGAUCCACUCUGCAAGAAUCCUUAGAUACUCAGGGGAACCCACUCCGUAGGAAUCCUUAGAUACUCAGUGGGAUCCACUCUGUAGGAAUCCUUAGAUACUCAGUGGGAUCCACUCUGUAGGAAUCCUUAGAUACUCAGUGGGAUCCACUCUGUAGGAAUCCUUAUAUCCUUUGGUCCUACCUGAAUGCCUUCUAUAUCCCAGCCUUUUCAACAUCAACAUGCUUUUAAAACGUUAAUGCUCUGCCAUACCCAUCUGCCAAUGAAUGCUAAAUAAUGGUCAUCAUCCUGAAACUGAGUCCUACUGGGCCAUGGUGGAAAGACCUGCACAGAGGCAGGAAUAAUAAAGCAGUUCCUUUGUAAGAA